UGGAUAGUAGAGCAGCCGCGCUUCUUUGGGAGUGGUAAUGCGCCGAACCAAUCUACAACGUUCUUGUGAUCAUUGACACCGGCCAUUGGUCUAUCCUUUGUCAACCAAUCAUCGAAAAACCAGUGAGGAUAUCCAAUUAUAAGAGUAUGGAGCAUGCUCAGAUCCAGAGCUCUGAGGGUCCGCAGAUGGUGACCCUCAACGGGCAGCAGAUGCAGGUGCUGCAGAUGAGCAACUCUCCGCACAUGGUGCAGGGCCCCAAUGGGCAGCAGAUCGUCGUGCACACCAUACAACCAAACGCACAGGCUAUACAGGUAGCAACACCUAAUGGUCAGCAGAUACAACAACUUCAAGUGUUGCCAAUGUCAAGUUUACAAGGUGCAGGUAACAAUCUGCAGCCAAUGCAGUUGGUGCAGACGGCGGACGGUCAGACUUUCAUUUACCAGCCGGCCAGUGCACCACAGCCUGCUAUCGACCAGCACCAAAUUAUACACCAACCGGUGAUAAAUCUGAACGGCAACCUGGUGCAGCUGGCGGGGCUGGGCGGCGCAGUGCCGCAGCAGCAGCUGCUCAACCAGUCCAACAUCGUCAUGAUGGUGAACGGUUCUGGUAACGGUACUUCGAGCGGGGCAGAUUCGUGCGGGGGCGCGGGCUCAGACGAGGAGCCGCUGCUGUAUGUGAACGCGCGUCAGUACCAGCGCAUACUGAAGCGCCGCGCCGCACGCGCACGUCUGCACGACCUCGGCAAGAUACCUAAAGAACGCCCGAAAUACCUGCACGAAUCUCGGCACCGACACGCCAUGAACAGAAUACGAGGGGAAGGUGGACGCUUCCACUCGGGCAGCAGGAAGAACCGCGCUGCGAAUGCUGAACAAGGCGCGGUAGACCCUCACAAACUGCUGGAGGACAUCAAGCCUGAGACUGUCUCCAUUACUAUCAUUCAGGAAGAAGAAACACAAGACCACCAGCCGACACAAUGGAGGAGGCUCGCUCCACAGCCCAUGCCCUCCACGUAGCAUAUCAGUGUUAAAGUGGAACAAAAUGAGUCCACUUAGUGUGAAAUAAGUGUGAACCUCUCUACUCAGUGUAGACUUGUGCAAAUAGUGUGAACUUCACUAAAUGUGGGCCUGUGGACUUAGUGUGAACCUGUGCACUUUUUGUCUACUAGAGUGAUAGCCUAUAAUCUUUGGUGACAGCUUAUGUAUAAACGAUAGUACGGGACUAAUGGAGUGUGCAAAUUAGUAAACGUUAUUUUCACAUAACUAUGAAAUUCCAAUGUCAAAAGACUUGUAUACAAACUUAUUAACAUCAUUUUAUUUAAAAAAAAGGGAGUUACAUGUUCUAAUAUAAGUAUUAUAUCAGUGGAAUUUCAUGGUUUUGUGGAUAUGUGAUUGUGUAAGUGAAUGGAUUUCAGUACCAAAUCAAUUCCUCCAAUAUGGUAAGUUUGUCUUUCAAUUCUUUAUGAUAUUUAAAUAUUAAGUUAUUUACUUUUUGAAGGGUAAAUAAGAUGUAAAAAUUCAUUUUAAAGUGUUAUCUUUUAUAACUCCGGUAAUUUUGUUAUUCAAUUGGGAAUACUUCAAUGUAUACUCUAUGCAAAUUAUAUCAAUCCAUUUUAUUCAAAAAAUACCAUAAAACUAUUUGCUACCAAUGCAACUUUAAUUUUCAUAAAAGUGUUUGAAAAUAAAAUGUUAAUGUAGAAAAAUUCUAAUAUAAUGUGUUAUGGUAAUAGUAUGUGUUAUAUAAGA